AUAAAUAAAUUGGAAUUCAACUGGAUAUAUCUGUAAAGUCAAGUGUCUGGUCUUUUUUCAGUUUGUUUUCUAUUCUUUUGCCACUUUUUUUGGGAUUUCUGUUGUAGACGGAAACCAAUGAUAGUACCAAUCCAAUAAGCCUUGUAAAAACACACACACAUAUAUACCCAAACAGUUGAUAAUCUCAUUUUUGGACAUUGUUUUUCAAUCUCUGAACUGGGUAUUUGAUUUUUUGUUUUGUUUUUGAAAUGGAAAAGUCCUAUGUUGUUGUUGUUCUUGUCUCUGUUCUUUUCUUUGCUUCACUUUUUCAUGGAGGGUUUGCCAAGGUUGCAAGAACAGAGGAUGGAUCAGAAGACUGGGGAUAUGUUGAAGUCAGACCAAAAGCACAUAUGUUCUGGUGGUACUACAAAAGUCCUUCUAGAAUCCAAGAUCCAAACAAGCCAUACCCAAUAAUUCUCUGGUUGCAAGGUGGGCCUGGUGCUUCAGGAGUUGGUAUUGGAAAUUUUGAAGAAGUUGGGCCAUUGGACACUGAAAUGAAGCCUCGGAAUUCGACUUGGCUGCAAAAGGCAGAUCUCUUGUUUGUUGAUAAUCCAGUUGGGACUGGAUUCAGUUUUGUGGAGGAUAAUAAGCUGUUUGUGAAAACUGAUAAUGAAGCAGCUGCUGAUUUGACUACAUUGUUGAUAGAAAUUUUCAAUAAAAAAGAGAAUCUCCAAACGAGUCCUCUGUAUAUUGUUGCAGAGUCCUAUGGAGGAAAAUAUGCAGUGACUCUUGGAUUAUCAGCUCUAAAAGCUAUAGAAGCUGGAAAAUUGAAGCUUAGACUUGGAGGAGUUGCUUUGGGAGAUAGUUGGAUAUCACCAGAAGAUUUUACUUUCUCAUGGGGUCCUCUUCUCAAAGAUCUCUCAAGGCUUGACAACAGUGGUGUGCAAAAAUCAAGCAGUGUAGCUAAGAGAAUUCAGCAGCAAAUUGCCAAUAAUCAGCUUGAAGAUGCGACAAAUUCAUGGAGUGAACUUGAGGACAUUAUCAGCUCCAGCAGUAAUAAUGUUGAUUUCUAUAACUUUCUGUUGGAUUCGGGAAUGGACCCUGUAUCCUUGACAGCUACCAAGCUAAAAAAUGGAAUUGCAUUGAAGCGAUAUUCGAGAUAUCUUGAUUCCUUAAGAAGGUCUCCAGGUGGUUCUGCUGGUGACAUUGAUAGCGUUAUGAAUGGUGUUGUUAGAAAGAAGCUAAAGAUUAUCCCUGAAAAUGUGACAUGGGGUGGACAGUCUGAUCUUGUUUUCACAGCACUUGCUGGUGAUUUUAUGAGACCAAGAAUCAAUGAGGUCGAUGAGCUCUUAGCUAAAGGAGUCAAUGUGACUGUAUACAAUGGACAACUUGAUGUCAUCUGUGCAACCAAGGGGACUGAAGCAUGGGUUGAGAAGCUUAAGUGGGAAGGACUCAAAACCUUCUUGAGUAUGGAUAGAACUCCUAUAUACUGUGGAGGUGAUACACUCACAAAGGCAUUCACCAAGUCUCAUAAGAACUUCCAUUUCUAUUGGAUUCUCAAAGCUGGCCACUUUGUACCGGUUGAUCAGCCAUGUGUUGCAUUGAAUAUGAUAAGUAGCAUGACACAGUCUCCGAUUGCUUCCAAGUAGAGUGAAAAGAUACACACACAGAAAACACAGUGAACAACUACACAGCAACCCAAUAUGAAUACACAAAGAUGGGGUUGGUGAGAGAGAGAUGGUACACCAUUGAUGUGGCACAGUCAACAGCCAAAUUUAUAUAUAGUAAUACUCUAACAGACACAUUGAUGUGAAAGAAACCCGCACAGGCUUCAAUUUAUUUAUGAUGUACUUGCUUCACUGGAAUAAUUACUCACGGAGUAUUAUUUUUCUUUUAUUUUUUGAGUCGUGUUGAAUGUUAAUGUAUUUUUACUCAUUAUCACUAUUUUUAGUUAUUUAUUUUUUACUCGAAGAAGGAAGAAAUUCUGAAAUUCAGAAACAGGUUGCAUUUUUCA